GUUGCGUGAGGAGCGCGGAGGUUGUUUCUAGGUGGGUGGGUGACGUAUUUUCGAAGCUUCCCCUCAUAGCAUUCUGGGAAGCGGCAGUUCUCUUCAUUGGAAUCGAGGUGUUUGCAGCUAAACCAACCCAGCGCAUAGGAAAAGACCUGGAGUCAUUACUUUGGAGUGGCAUCUUCUUAAAUGGAAGUGGAAAUUAAAGAUAAGAAAACAUGAAAGAUACAGAAAUAAAGAGACUGCUGACUGCCAAUGUCAUCUGUAUCUUUUCUGUUAUUUUAACUUCUAUUAUUCCUUCUUUGCUCUUGAAGAAUUUCUCAAUCCUGGACACACAUUUGACAUGGCUGUGCAUCUGUUCAUCAAGCAUUGGUAUUAUAAAUAUAAUUUUACAUAUGAUUUUUAAGCCGUAUUUAUCUACAAGAAGAUAUUCUCUUGCCCACAAGGCAACAAGAUUUGUAAAAUGCUGUGUUUACUUCUUCAUAUCUUGUAUCGUCUUCCAUGGAAUUAUUGUUCUUUACGGAGCACCGUUACUAGAAUCAGUCUGGGAGACCUUCUUAUUUGCAGUUCUUUUAUCCACUUUUACAACUUUGCCCUGCUUAUGUUUGCUGGGACCAAACUUUCAAAUAUGGCUGAGAGUGUUUAGUAAAAAUGGGGCUAUGUCCAUCUGGGAUAACAACCUCCAGAUUACCACAACAUGCAGUGUAGUGGGAGCCUGGCUUGGAGCAUUUCCUAUUCCACUGGAUUGGGACCGUCCAUGGCAGGUGUGGCCCAUUUCCUGUUCACUCGGAGCCACCUUUGGCUACAUGGCCGGUCUCCUUAUUGCAUCUUUGUGGAUAUAUUGGAAUAGGAAGCAGCUUACAUACAAAAGCAGAUAACUGGCGCAAGGAGGAAAGGCAUUUUGAUUGUGAGAUUCCAUGAAGAUUGCACAGGGCUAUGGUCAAAGCAAAAGGCUUUCCAAAUCUUUUCAGAGCAUUGUUGGGCUUUACUCUUCUUUUUUUUUUUUACGGCAUGGUCAACAUGCACUGGUAAUGUGAUCAUACAUUUGUUGUAUAUCCUAAACUACAUUACCCCUGAGAGAUUGUACAUUCCUUCCCAUAUGAAUAAAAUCUUCACAGUA